CGCAGACGUCGUUCGCACGCGAUAUACAAUCACUGAGUUCUCGGCAUCGCACUAUCGCGAUUUACGAUCCGCGCACUAAUGCUACGUAUCGUUUACUGAGUAAAAUACAACCGUUGUUUUUAUUUAUUUUAAAGAACAAUAUAAACAGAUAAAAUGAUAACAAUGCUUUCAAAUUCUAAACUAUUGUGGGGACUAUGGCAAGUGGUAAACUACUGUGCGUCGCGUACCUCGCUGCCGCUGCUGCUGGUGGCGGGCGCGGCGCUGCUGGUGCUGCGGCUGGCGGCGCUGGUGCGCGAGAUGCGCAAGCUGCCGCCGGGCCCCUGGGGUCCGCCCGUCGUCGGCUACCUGCCCUUCCUCGGAGUUCGCCACAAGACCUUCCUGGAGCUCGCUCGCAACUACGGUGCUCUGUUCUCCGCGCGGCUCGGAAAUCAGCUGACGAUCGUUCUUAGCGACUACAAACUCAUCAGAGAAGCUUUCCGCAGAGAAGAAUUUACCGGACGUCCCAGCACUCCGCUCAUGCAUACUUUGGAUGGUCUUGGCAUCAUCAACAGCGAGGGUCGCCUCUGGAAGAGCCAGCGCCGCUUCUUGCACGACAAAUUGCGCGAGUUCGGCAUGACUUACAUGGGAAACGGCAAGAAGAUCAUGGAAGGAAGAAUUAAGAGCGAAGUGUACGAGCUUAUCGCCAGCCUGCACCGCGCGGAGGGUGCGCCCAUUGACGCGAACCCUUUACUCGCCCUGGGCGUGUCCAACGUCAUCUGCGGCAUCACGAUGUCCGUGCGCUUCAGUAACGGCGACGCUCGCUUUGAGAGGCUCAACAAUCUCAUUGAAGAAGGCAUGAGGCUGUUCGGCGAAGUGCACUACGGCGAAUAUGUACCUCUCUACAACUACCUUCCCGGCAAAGCUCAAGCUCAGGAGAGAGUAGCGAAGAAUCGCGAAGAAAUGUUCGCUUUCUACCAAACCCUGAUCGACGAGCAUCGUGAAACUCUCGAUGUUGAUAACGUGAGAGACCUCAUUGACGUCUAUCUGAUCGAGAUCGAGAAGGCCAAGACUGAGGGCCGCGCCGGAGAACUGUUCGAGGGCAGAGAUCAUGAACUACAACUGAAACAGAUUCUUGGUGAUCUAUUUUCUGCCGGCAUGGAAACUAUCAAAUCAUCACUUUUGUGGAUGAUUGUAUUCAUGCUGAGAAACCCCGAUGUGAAGAGGCGAGUGCAGGAAGAGCUCGAUGCUGUCAUUGGCCGCGAGCGUUUACCGACAAUUGAGGACAUGCCAAAUCUUCCCUACACCGAAACAACAAUCUUGGAGACUUUACGCAUGUCGAACAUUGUCCCCCUGGCAACAACACACUCUCCUACAAAGGAUGUUCACCUCAACGGCUACAGGAUUCCCGCGGGAUCUCAAGUUGUACCACUCAUCAACUGCGUACACAUGGACCCCAACCUGUGGGACGAACCAAACAAAUUUAACCCCAGCCGAUUCAUCGACGAAACUGGCAAGAUCAGGCGUCCCGAGUUCUUCAUGCCAUUCGGCGUCGGUCGGCGUAUGUGCCUGGGUGACGUUUUGGCGCGCAUGGAGAUGUUCAUGUUCUUUGCGUGCAUGAUGCACCAGUUCGACGUGCAGAUGGAGAUGGGGGACGCGCCGCCGUCGCUGGAAGGCACCGUGGGCGCCACGAUCGCGCCGCAGUCUUUCCGCGUGAAGUUCAGCCCGCGCUCGGCACCCGCAGCGGCGGCGCCGGCGCCGGAGCACCCGCACCUGCGUCACGUGGGCGCUCACUAGGCGCCGCCGCCCCGCGCUCCCGGCGCGUACACACACCCACCAGUAUUCAAUGAUCACUCGUUUUAGAGCGAAUCGACAACCAUUUAUUUAAGUCUUAUUAUAUAAGUGACGACAUCGCCGCAGCGAUGCUCGAGGCUGUGCAUAAAGUGUUCAAUUAAAUAGUAGACCGAACGUUAGGUAUAUUGAUAUUCCCAUCGUUGAGAUUAUAAAAUGACGUCUGUGUGAGUUUGCAGUAUUAGAACGUUGGUAGACUAGAAUGAUAGGAACUUCAGCAAAUCACACCAUUACACAUUUUGUAUUUAAGGUUUAUGUUCUAAGUUCUAGUACCUAUACCAAAAUAAAAUGUAGAAUUCUAGGUCAUUAUUUAUUAGUGUCACUUGUGAGAAUGUGGUCUGUUGUGUGUGAUCUCAUGUAUGUUGCGUUGCAGUAGGCUUUAGCUUUAAGGAUUGUAAGUGUUCAUUUAUAUGUUAGUGUAACAUGUACCUAUCGGGUAUGAAGUAACAUUCCAUGAUAGUGUAACAACCAGCAACUAGUCUAGAGCGAUAUCGUCGCUAUAUAAUAGAAUAACGCCUAUCUUUAGUGUUCUUGUUCUGUACUAAAUUGAAUGUGUUGCAACCAAGUUGCCCUGUACUGAACUUCAGUCGGAUAAGUCUGUUAGCUCGCAGCUCACCGUUGUCUGUUUUACUAUUAUAUGCUUUGUAUAAUGCUCUUUUUAGAUUAAGAAUGUAUAGUUUAAGUAAUAAAUUAAUUGUGAAAACUUUGAUUUGAA